AUGCCGUGGAAACCUGCUACUGGCGGCAACUGUCAGAGUCCUCAAGCUCUGCCCAAGUCUAUCCGAGGCCAGAUUUCUGCACCAAUUCCUAUACCCGAUGCUACGGAUGAGGAGUUUCCCAUACGAGACCAGACAGCCGUGAUAGCUAGCAAUGCCGACGAGGCCUCAAGUGACUCCCGUUCGGUACUCCAAGCGCCCAGCAGCAGUGACCAGAGUCAAACAAGGUCUCAUUCAAGGGCUGUUUCCGCUGGAAAUAUAGAACACUCGACUAGACGUCAGCAUCGGCUCGACAACCCAUCAUCAGCUUCUGUACAGGCGUCCGCCCUGCGCAAGUCUUCAGCCAGCCAACACGCCCGAUUUGCGCGCAUGUCGGACCAAGAAGAAGGCAGAAGGAGCGAGGCCAGCAAGUCUCAGCGAAGGAAGUCGACUGUUAGGUCGGCAUUAAGCAAACUAUUCGGUCGGAAGAAGAAGACGGAAUUCCACGAAAAGCCCGGCUUCUCUUACGGGAAGACGUCAGAUGCUUCCGCUCUGUUACCGGACAGGCCGCCCAGAAGUGAUCCAACAUGGGACCGAUCAAGCCCAAGGAGCGUCGAACCAAAACGGUCCCUCUCUGUGCCCAUUACCGAAUACGACCGCGCUCUCCGUUCUCACUCGAUUGGCCCCGAGGAUGUCAUGGCCAUCACGAGUGUUCGCAACUCCAUCAAUGCAGAAUCAAGAAUGUCGGACAAGAAUUUGGCCGUCCUUGAGCCUCCGGCGCACCUGGCUAGUCCUCGAUGGGCUGGGAGCUCGAGGCCUACAGGACUGUCUCCGCGACCGGCCAGUUCCCAAGACCAAGGGACCCGAAUGGCUGGCCUCGUUGAUGAUCCCAACGAGAUUGGACGUGCAAUUUCAAGCGAGGCGCAUGGCCUGAAACGCCGCUCGAGGAGUCUGUCAGUUAUGCCCAGCCUUGAACUUGCCCCCCAAAGUGCAGUCCGACGUCGUAGUGCCGAGAUUCGGUACUGGAGGGAGAGCUAUACCUCGCCAUUGAUGUCGCCAACGUCCAUGACGGCAGACGAGGAAACCCUGCAGCUGCUUUCGGGUCAAGCUGAAGAGUUCAACUAUCCGGCCGAGCAACGCGCCGUAACACCCGAGCAAACCAUCUUGAUGGAAGCAGUCGAGACAAGGGUACAGACGUCAACUCCUACUAAAACGGCCGAGUAUGCUGGAGCUGCUGAGCAUCUCUGUCUAGACAGCAGGGUCAGUAGUCUCGAGACGCGCAUGAGCCGGCUAGAGGGCAUUGUUCUCCAACUCGCACAAAGCAUCCCGGCACUACGUCACCCAUCCGCCGCGCAGUUACAUUCGCCAGGGGGCCGGCAACUGGCGCAACUUCAGACUCCCGACCAUGGCAUAUGCUCGAUGCGAACACAGCCGGGCGAAUUUUCCCUUGCUGACGAGCGGCGGCAGAGCACGAGCCGACCAUCCACUCGAAACUCUGAUGCGUCCAAAAUGACGUUUGGGGAUAUUAGUGACUUGACUCCCCGCGCAACAAUUUUGUCCCCAGCCGAUGGAGAAGCUCGGUCAAACUUUCUGGCUGCACCACGAGGACCAGACGCAACACCGAGGGGUCGUCGUGGAUCCGUCAAUUUUGAGCACUAUGCAAACCUGAUGAAUCUUUUUGAAACGGAGCGUUCAGCACGAGAGACACUGGGAGCCCAGCUCAAAAGCUUGGCACGUCAGGUCCAGGUCAUGAGCAAAAACAUGCUGUACACCAACGCGGAUCAAAGUGACUUGCCGUCACUAGACAGGUCUGUUGGUGAGGUGUCGGUUUUUGAUCAUGACGGCGAGGAUGAUGAGCGGCGGCUUUUCACAGGCCCUAGACUUGGAUACCCUAGCCCAGGCAUGAAAGACGCCGAAACAACGGCUGAAGAUGGAUCGGAAGAAGAGUUUACAGAUUCCUUUGUCACCCCUGUCGAGACUGUCAAGAGCAGUUUUGACAUGUACGGCAACGAGAAUGGUCCAACCUUGGCGAAUGGGAGGAAGCUGUCUCUUUCACAUUUGACCAUGAGACAGCCGUUGACAACAAUGCAGCAGGUCAAUACCAAGGCCAUAUAA